GUCCGCGCGGGGAAUUGUUGCUUUUGUUUCCUUUCGUUCGUGUUUUACCUCCGUGCGUGCGAAUGCGUCGGUUGACGCCGGGAACAACCAAACGCAUCUCGCUGAUCGAUCGAUCGAUGAAGGCUGAGUCCAACCGGGUGCUUGCCGAGGUUAAGACGCAAAGUACACGGUCCCGCAGGCUGCUGCACGCCAUGCCGUACUGCAUGUCGCUGACGCAGCGCAUGAGGGUGUUCGAGCACCUGGUCAAGGCGGACAAGCAAAGGCAUCAGCCAGAGAACACCCCUGGGGUUCCAAUUCGAGUCAGAAGAGGCCAUGUGUUGGAGGAUGGGCUGGCCGCUCUCGGGUCCGGAGGGCGAGCAGAAGGGCAGACGAAGAGGAGGCUAAUCGUGAUGUACACGGGCGCGGCGGGGCACGAGGAGAGCGGGAUCGACAUGGGGGGGCUGUUCAAGGACUUCUGGACGGACCUGUCAGCGCUCGCCUUCGACAUCAACUACGGCUUGUUUAGGGUUACCAAGGAGGGUCUCAUGUACCCCAACCCUAGCUCGGGCAUGGUACACGGAUCCGAGCACCUGCGGUUGUUCCAGUUCCUCGGGCGCAUUCUUGGCAAGGCUCUGUACGAGGGAAUCACGGUUCAGCCGGAGUUCGCGACGUUUUUCCUGGGGUUCAUCCGAGGGGACUACAACUUCCUGCACCUCUUCCACGACCUCCACGGCCUGGACCCGGAGCUGUACCGCAACCUCAUGUUCCUCAAGACGUACGACGGCGGGGACGUGGAAGACCUCUGCCUCACCUUCACCGUGGCGGACGAGGAGUUCGGCGCCAACAAGGAGGUUGAUCUCAUUCCGGGCGGAUCUCGCAGAGCUGUGACCUCAGCAAACAGGCUGGAGUAUGUUAACCGUGUCGCGAAACACCACCUCGUCGACGGCGUCAAGCCGCAAGCGGAGGCGUUUGUUCGAGGUCUGUGGGAGGUGAUCAACCCGCAGUGGCUGCAGAUGUUCAGUGAGCCCGAGCUGCAAGUCUUGAUUUCCGGGUCGAACAAGACGGUGGACGUGGAGGAUCUCAAGCGACACACGAGGUACUCCGGAGGGUUCGUCGGCAUGGACCGCACCGUGAAGCGGUUCUGGUCCGUCGUGAGCGCCAUGAGCGCCAAGGAGAAGGCGGCGCUGCUGAGGUUCGUCACCAGCUGCGAGCGGCCGCCGCCCCUGGGGUUCGAGUCGAUGCAGCCGCCGUUCUGCGUGCACCGCGUGGGGAUACGGUCGGACGGGGAGAGGCUGCCGACGGCGAGCACGUGCUUCAACACGCUCAAGCUGCCGACCUACUCGAGCGAGAAGGUGCUCAGGGAAAAGCUGUUGACGUCCAUUUUCUCCGGCACCGGCUUCGAACUGUCUUAGGCAGCGAAACGGUCGGGAUGGCGUUGGGAAGGCCUUGCUCUUUCACGGCGGCGUGGACGGCGCCGAUGGAAAUGUCGUGCCUAGUGCUCAGGACCAUGCAGUUAGGUUUAGGACCAUUCAGAGGGUGGCUCUUGGUUGCUGCCGCUGUGUGCUGUGCGGCGCCGUUGGUGCUGUCGCUAUACUAGUCACAGCGGUGUGGUCGGAGAGUAGGGUGGUAGAUUCAUUUUUGUGACGGGAGCAUUGGAGAGGUGUGUGUCGUAGCGCGUUUUCUUUCGUUGGUCUGGUGAUGUUGUUGGAGAAGAGGCAGCUGUGGAUAUCUGCUACUCUACUGGCCGGCGCCAUCCAGUUUACGAUACACAUCGGUGGUGUCCUGAACGUACGCAUGUGGAUAUAUUGGUGAGUGUUUUCAGGAACUACAAAAAUUGUUUCUUCGACUGACUGUAGAUCGUGAGCUUGCAAAACCUCCCAGGUAGCCAAUGCUUCCUUCACAAGUAGAUGGUGACCAUAACUGCUGUGGGAGAG